UUCCGUUCGGUCCGCACCUGGCGCCUCGAUCGCGCAUGGCGGACGCACGUAGCGGUUGUUCGAAGGCGCGGUGGCGCGCCGUGGUACAGUCGUCGCGAAGCGAGAGGUGUACGGUGAACGUUCGACGUGACUGGACGUGAGUCUCGGAGUGCGCGGAGUUGGGCGAACGAGGCGGUUGACCAGUGCGCGAGACACGACCGCGUGAUGCGAACGUUUCCUAGUGCGCCGCGCGUCGCCAGAGCGUCGUAGUGGUCGUCGUCGCGUAGACUCGACGAAAGUCGAGCAACGGCAGGCGACAGCGAGUCUGCGAGCGUCCCAAUUCCGCCGUACGGGUAGCAGAAGGAAGCAGCCCAGGGAAUCUCAAGAUGUGGAGCCCGACGCACGUUCAGGUGACAGUUCAGAGAGCCAAGGAUUUGCUGACUAAAGGAAAACACAAGACCAAUGAUUGCUUCGUGACGAUCGCACUCGGCAAGGAAAAAUAUCAGACGUCGGUGAAAGAAAAGGCUACCAAGGACGUGGAAUGGCACGAGGAAUGCGAAUUGCUGAUCCCGGAGCAGGGAAACACCGCGGAAAUCAUCCUCACCGCCCUGCACCGCAACUUCCUGGGUGUCGACGAGUUCCUCGGCACCGUCAACAUACCGCUCUCCAGCUUCGAUGUGUACGAGAGGCCUAGGAACCGAUGGUACGCCCUUAACAGCAAACCAGGCAAAGAGAACACGAAGGAGAGAGGCGAGCUCGAGGUGAAGAUCGGUUUUAUCGUAAAAGCUGGAAGUCUGACCGACCUAAGUAAGAAGGAACGUCACAAAAGCUCCUUGGGACAAUUGUCUACAGCUGCACAGUCGAUCGGCGGCAGUUUGCUUAGUAUCGGCAGUCUUGAGAAGCGCAAGGGCCUCAAGAAAUUAGCCAAGUCAAUCGGGAACAAAGUCAAAGGCAAGAGCAAAAAUCGACUCGAUGGAAACAAUCUGGAUGAGAGGGAAGAGCGCGAAUUCAAAAUUACGCGACAGGAACCGGGUGAAGCUGAUCCCGGAGUUAUCAGCGAGGAUGAAGAUGAAUUUACGUUCGAUGAUUUGUCUCACAAAAGCUCGGCCUCGUCUCUGAACGCACCCGUGCACUCGGGUGUUAACAAUGGUAAUGCCAAUGGCAUCUCGAAUGGCUCGCAGAGCAAUGUCUUCAGCGAGGUACACACACCUCCGGUGCCAAUUAACACCGUGCCAAGUAAACCGCCACGAUUUGCUAUGAGCGCGUCCACUACGAAUCUGUCAAAGGUCGACAAUUUGACGAAGGAUGACGAAUGGGGCUUGAAACUCUAUGGCAAGCAAGCGAGCAGCGUACCUAAAAGAUGGGAAAGCAAGCCUAAAAUAGUGGUAGACGAGCCACAGGAUAACAAGCGCGAUGUAUCACCUAUUCGUUCGUCAUCACCGAUCACAUCGAGGUUAAAAGAUCUUCCGGAGCCGCCCAGUCCGGCACCGAGAGAAAUUCUUCAUCCGAGAAACAAGAAUGAUAAACUCACCGCGAGUAAAGAGAAGCUCACAAAAGAAGAAAAACUGAGGGAUAAGAAGGACGAUCCACGAAAUCUCACGAAGGAGAAGAAGGAUAAGAAAAAGGAAAACAAAUUCAAAGACUCCAAUGACGAGAAUCAUCUGUCUUCCGAAAGGAUCAUCAUCGGCGGCGAGGAUGCCGUUAAGAAUGCCGCGAAUGCCAAGAGUCGCUUGCCACAUGAGGUCCUUAACCAGUUCGAGGGAAAAUCAAGAGAAGAUCUAAUAGAACUGGCGUUACAACUGCAGACACAAGUCACGGAGAAAAACAAGAGACUCACCGAUUUGGAGGAUUAUAUCGAUGCAUUGCUAUUACGUGUAAUUGAAUGUUCUCCGCGAUUACUUCAGAAUCCGUAUCAAAGGCGAUUGUCAUCCCCCGGAAAUCAAUAAUUUGAUGAUAAGAUUUGUGACGCUAGAACUAAUUUACUUAGUGAUGAUUCCCUUUUAAUGCCUUAGUGACACUUAUAACUAGACAUGACUGACAAGUCGCAAGUGGCUAUUUGUUAUUAACAUUGUCCUAUAUUCUAAUUUAUUUUCUUUUACGCAUUAUAACUUGAAGAAAAAGAUAUAACGUUCUUGCGCAGCAGCGUUGCGAAAUCUAUAUUCUCCAUAUUUAUUUAUAACUGCCGCGAGAAUAACCGUAAGAUAUUCAAGUGAUAAUAAGUAAAGUGACUCGCUUAUUUUCGAGAGCCAGUUUAUUAUUGAUACGAACAAAAAGUAUGGUGUGGAUGUUGGUUAAAAAUGGUUUGCAUUUCACGUAAUUCCCCGUCUUCCCAGUAAAUACAAAAGCGUCGAAGUUCAAAAAUUUGUGUUCGUUCACGAUUGAAUUUUCCGUCCAAUUGACGUAAGGAAACAGCGAACACAACUGUACAUCUCUUUUAUUAUUAACCUUUAUUAUAAGUUAUCUAUAUUUAAGGACACAUUAUAUAUGGUAAGUAAAAGGAGUUGUAAUAGGGCGAGAAGCUUCGCUGAAUCACUGGAAAAUACGUGCCUUCCGUUUUGUACAUGUAUGCACUUGCAUUAGAUCGAACUAUUUGCCUUGUUAAUCGGAGCACUGUUUAAUUACGAACAUUAUUGAAUAAAGAUGAUAUACAAUUGUCCGAUGUGGUAUAUGUAUAUGACACAAUGAGUUUCAUGAAAUGUUAUUACUAUUACACGACUUAUAUUUGAGAAUAUUUAUAUUAUUAACAAGUAAUAUUAAUAAAUUUCGAAUUUUAUAUCUCUGUUCCACAUGUCUCACGUUUUACUAUUUUAAUAUAAUUUCCACGAUUGAAAAAUUCCACGUAUUAAUAAAAAAAAACUGAUAUUUA